CCAGUUUCCCAGUUCAAAAACCCAAUACACGUUUGUAUUGCGUUGUUCGAUAGUUCAACGUUCCAUCAUUAUAUUAUUUAUAAUUUUAAUAUAUCGACAAAGGUAAGUAUACAGGUUGGGUAAGUAUGGAAGACCUAAUUUUAUUUCCUUUUUAAAAAACAUUGUUGAAGAAAGAAGAUGGGAUGUACAAAGUUAUUUCGUUCCGAAUAUCGGUUUUUAUUAAAAAAUCUAUUUCUAAACGUUCAAUGUGUUUCAGCUAAUAUGGUAAGUUUGAGUUUACCUUAUAACAUGUAUCCAAAUAAUAUGCAUAUUUUAAUAUUUUCUUUUUUUUUAAAACAGGAAUUGAUAAAAUGCCGAAUUCAUGUUGGGUAAAAAAUUGUUUUUUCCAGGCUGGACGUAUACUGAAUGGCCACGAAAUCAAAUUGCAUUGCUUUCCCAACCUUAGGGAGAGAAUAUUAGAUUGGCUUAGAAUCUUAAUUCCAUCAGGAGAGGUAGAAGUUUUUUCUAUAGCAGAGGAGAUUCUAUCUUACAAAAAGAAAAGAUACAAUAAGUAUCAUAUUUGUUCCCUACAUUUUUCUGAUGAGAGUUUUAUAGUCAACGCUGGCGGACGUUUGUUUCGCCCUGUAGCAAACCCUUCAAUUUUUGAAAAUUUUCUUGAUUAUGAAAGAAAAGUUUUAGAGCCAAAAAAAUACAAGAAAAAACGACUUCAGAAUACAACAGGUUCCCAGCAGUCGGUUACACCUUCAUCAUCAGAAUCAUCUGUACCAACCGAAUCUCGUGGUCAUACUGUAUCCCUUUCGUGCCUGGAAGUUCAACAAGUCUCUGAGAAUGUGGAAAUUCUAAUUUCCAAAUUCACGGAUGCUUCAACUCAGACAGAGUUCAAUUUGACAAAUUCUAUAAUUAUUAGUAUGGAUAAAAAUCUUACCCUUAGGGAAGAAGAAUCACCUUUACGUCAACCUACAAAUAUUGUUCAUGAAUCCACCCCAUUGCCUGAUUGUUCACAAUCCCAAAAUCGGCACCAAAUUAAUCCAUUUAUUAGACUUCUCUCUCCUAUUGUAUUUGAAAAUGAAAAGAUCUCCCAGCCACCGGAAGAAGACGGUAAUGAUGAUGAUCUGGUUAGUGGGAUAUUUCCGUUGACAGGUGACUUGGAGGAUUCAUACAAUAUUAGCAGUCUGGCUGACGCAGGGGAAAUUCGUGAUUCAAGAGACCACUCAUAUGACCCUUUGAUGAAAUGCAAUUUAAAGACAUGGUAAAAGACACGAAAUUGAUUGUGAACGAAAGUUGUCUCGAUGUACUGCUACGUCAGGUGAAGUGUCAGUAUGUUGAUUGCAAUCUAACUGUGUUUUCAAUUUCAAAACAAAGGAAAGGAUCAGCUGUUAUAAUUCGCGGUAGUUGUCGUAGCGGACAU